GCCUUGUUCUCAUAAGCCUGUCUCUCUGGAGCGCGACCUCCUUCGCUAGAGAGAGAGAGAGUUUGGUCGAGGAAUGGAGAGAGAGGUGGCGAUGGAGGUCGCAGCGAAGGAAAAGGAGGAGAAGAGGUCGAGGUUUAGGAGGAUCUGCGUCUACUGUGGGAGCCAGCCAGGGAAGAAGGCGAGCUACCGGGAGGCCGCUAUCGAGCUCGGGAAGGAACUGGUAGAGCGGGGCAUAGACUUGGUGUAUGGAGGAGGGAGCAUUGGAUUGAUGGGCCUGGUUUCGCAUGCAGUCCAUGAUGGAGGGCGCCAUGUCCUUGGAGUUAUUCCAAGACCACUGAUGCCAAGGGAGUUAACUGGUGAGCCUGUGGGAGAAGUCAGAGCUGUAUCAGAUAUGCAUGAGAGAAAAGCUGAGAUGGCUCGUGAAGCUGAUGCUUUCAUUGCUUUGCCUGGUGGGUAUGGUACGCUCGAGGAACUGCUUGAGGUCAUUACAUGGUCUCAGCUUGGAAUUCACAAGAAGCCUGUUGGUCUCCUGAAUGUUGAUGGCUUUUACAAUUCGCUGUUGUCAUUCAUAGAUAUGGCUGUUGACGAAGGGUUUAUAUCCCAAAAUGCUCGCAGCAUCAUCAUUGCGGCCCCAUCAGUCGAGGAGUUGAUCAGGAAGUUGGAGGAAUACAAGGCGGAGUAUGAAGUGAACCUUGUUUGGGAGACCGAGCAGAAGCUGGAGCUUGAAUCCCACUUGGUUUGGGAGGCUGAGCAGAAGCCUUUGAAUUUUGUGCGUGAACCAGAGCCUGGCAUUGCUGCCUGAUUGUUCAGCCCGACCACCACCCCCUUUUGGCAGUGACAAAAAUUUGGUGAAGAAAAUUACGUGGUCUACUAAGAGUACUUGGUAUGCUAACUUUUGCUAUAUCCAUCCAUAAAUAUAUGUAGAUCGUGUUGUUAUUCGCUGUAUGCAUUACAAUGAUGCAGACUAUAGCAUAUUUAUAUACAGGCUACUACUGGAAAUGUUGCAAUUCACCUGUUGUGAAAUGUUAACAAGGUUUCUUGUUUUCAAAUAAAAAGACGGGUAUAUUGACCGAUUUUGUUGAA